CACAACAUUAGUUAAAAGUUAAAAGGAUAUUAGGAAAGAAAAAAAAAGAAAACAAAGUAUUUAUAUUGGAUUUAAUAUUUUAGAAAAUAGAAAAGAGAAACAUAGCGUUAAGAAAUGAGAAAGAAAGGAGGAGUUGCUUAGCAAUUAGUAUCGUCUUCUCCAAAACAAGAUCCAAGAAUAUAAUUGAUUCACCGAAGAAGAGAAAAUGGUUGAUUUGAAGUAGUAACUGUAUCGUAAUCAGUAAAUGGGUUGGGGAAGAGGAAUAUUCGAAGGUUCGGUAGUGCUGGGAUGUCUGUGUUCACUUGGCUGGGCAGGUCUAUGGUUUUUGAACCGUCGUCUCUACAAAGAGUACGAAGAGAAACGAGUCCUCGUUCAAAUCAUCUUCAGCGUCGUCUUUGCAUUCUCUUGCAAUCUUCUUCAGCUUGUCAUCUUCGAAAUCAUUCCCAUCCUCUCCAAAGAGGCAAGAGUGGUGAACUGGAAGAUUGACUUAUUCUGUUUGAUUCUAUUGUUGGUGUUUCUUCUGCCUUAUUAUCAUUGUUACUUGAUGCUUAAAAACAGUGGUUUCAGGACUGAAAGGGCCGCUCUUGGAGCUCUUUUGUUUUUGUUUGCUUUUCUUUAUGCUUUUUGGCGUAUGGGAAUUCACUUUCCGAUGCCAUCUCCUGAUAAAGGUUUCUUCACUCUGCCUCAACUCGUUAGUCGAAUUGGAGUCAUCGGUGUUACUGUCAUGUCUGUUCUAUCUGGUUUUGGUGCUGUAAACUUGCCCUACAGUUAUUUAUCACUUUUCAUCAGAGAGAUUGACGAAACUGAGAUCAAGGCCUUGGAAAGACAAUUAAUGCAGUCAAUUGAGACUGCUGUAUCAAAGAAAAAGAAAAUUAUUCUUGGUCAAAUCGAGAUGGAGAGCAACCAAGGAUCUGAGGAGAGGUUAACUGCCAGAUCAUUUAUCAAACGUAUUGUUGGUACAGUUGUUCGAUCUGUGCAAGAGGAUCAAAAAGAGCAAGAUAUCAAAGGCAUGGAAGCAGAGGUACUGGCUUUAGAAGAGCUUUCAAAGCAAUUGUUCUUGGAGAUCUAUGAGCUUCGUCAAGCAAAAGAAGCUGCUGCAUAUUCUCGAACUUGGAGAGGACAUAUGCAAAAUCUACUAGGUUAUGCUUGUUCCGUUUAUUGUGUGUAUAAAAUGAUCAAGUCAUUGCAAAGUGUUGUUUUCAAACAGGCUGGUUCAGUUGACCCCGUGACAAGGAUGAUUAGUAUAUUCCUACAAUUUUUUGAUAUUGGAAUAAAUGCUGCGUUAUUAUCUCAGUAUAUUUCAUUGCUAUUCAUCGGAAUGUUGGUUGUGAUAUCAGUGCGUGGAUUCUUAACAAAUUUAAUGAAGUUCUUUUUCGCAGUUUCAAGAGUUGGAAGUGGAUCGUCUAGCAAUGUUGUUCUGUUUUUAUCUGAGAUAAUGGGAAUGUAUUUUCUAUCUUCUAUUCUUUUAAUCAGGAAAAGCUUAGCAACUGAUUACAGGAUUAUUAUUACAGAGGUAAUGGGUGGCGAUAUCCAAUUUGACUUUUAUCAUCGGUGGUUUGAUGCAAUUUUUGUGGCUAGUGCAUUCCUUUCUCUACUUUUACUAUCUGCACAUUAUACAUCUCGCCAAAUCGACAAACAUCCCAUUGAUUGAAACAUAUACAUAUAAACAUACACGUAUAGGUUUCUACUGCCACUGAAGGUAUGAUUCAGUCCUGUAAACAUGAAGGUUCGAAACUUCUGAAUGGGAUUAAUUGUUAUUUUCAUAUGCAAGUGAGUAGCUGAUUAAAAAUCCAUGCUGGAAUAGAUUUCUCAUCAGUGAGAGGGUUGGAUAUUGUUUGUAAUGUCAACAACAUAUGCACAUACUGCCAAAUUCAUCAGAAUAUCCAUUUUGGAUUUAUCUUCUUUGGAAGGGGGGAGAUUUCCGAGCAGAUAAUUGUUGUUGGGCAACAUUGAAUGUAGAUUUGCUUUUGCUUUCUUGAAUAUAUAUAAUGAAUUGGAUGUGAAUAGUUUUUGCACCGCCUGAGAUUGGUUCCAUUGGCAUAGUGGUAAUUUUGGAUUAACCUUAA